CAGAUCGCGGUGGCGUGAACAUCGCAAGUGUCGAGCUAGAAAAGUGACUAGAAGACUCUCGGAUUUACGUGUGUGUGUGCUCGGUUUCCCUGGGAUUUCCCGCGUUCGGUGGCCAAAAUACAAGAAACUAAAAUUAUUGGCAACCUUCCCAGACAACUGCCGGAAAUGCGAAAGUGAAAGCGGCCGGCCAAGAAGAACGGACAGCAGCAAAUCACCAGAGACCACCAAAAAAAAUAUACUAUGUCAUCCACAACGCUGAAGACGACCAGCCAAAGUGGCGGCAUGUACGUCAAGACGGCGACUAUGGAGAUCUCGGGCAAGGAGGCGGUGGGCAGUUGCUACGGCGGCUUCAUGUCGCCCCCGCUGAGCGCCAACAUAGCGGCCAAUAAUAUUUUCCGAGUGCCGGGAGCCAAGGUGGAGACCGGUGGCAGCUUCGCCUCCAGCGACCUCCAGUUUCCGGACUUUUCGCACCUUUGCUUUGCCGCCGAGACACCCAAUUCGGUGUUUAGCGAUUGCCACACUUAUGCUGGCCAGGAUCAGGCGGAUCAGCAGGACUCCGAUCAGGAUGAUAUAGUUUGCGCAGCGGCGGGAAAUACAGAUAUGCCAUAUCAACAGGGACAAUACACUCAGCUGAACCGCGAGGAUAUCUUUCGCUUCGAACCGGAGGAUAUAGCGCGGCUAACGGGAGAAUCAGAGCUGCCGAACCUUCAGUUGCAACCUCCUCAGACUCCUUAUACGCCAUACACCCCCUAUACACCCUACACACCCUGCAGUGCCCAGAACAGCCAGUAUAACAGCGUGCAGCCGGCGAAUGACUCCAUUAAUCUGGAUAUCGAUUACUUUAAUUAUGACGAGAUUAAUUGCCAAUCGAAAAACCAAUCACCAUGCUCAUCACCGCACCUCGAUGCCUGGCUGAACUUCAAUCUCGGCGAGAUUGCCGCCGCCUCGUCGAGUGGCGCCUCGCCAAAGUUGUGCAAUGUGUUCCAGGAGGAGGAGGGGGAGGGGGCGGAAAGGCAGGAGGAGCAGCAGCAGGUCAAAGAGCAGGCCUCGCCCACGCGACUGCCCUCGAUGAACUCCACCUUCGGCACCCCCAAAUGCAUUCCCAUGUGCGCAAGCAACUACGAGGACUACGCGAAUCUCUAUCAGGGAUCUGGUUAUGCCGCGGAGAAUGCCUAUCAGCAUAACAUGGCCCAGGCGGCCAUUGAGAAGCCCAAUCGAGAGCACAAGGCCAUCUGGACCAUUGAUGAACUGGACGAACUCAUGCUGGGCGAACAGCAGCAGUUCUAUCAGCAUCAAUUGCAGCAGCAUCAGGAAGUCCAGCAGCAGCAGGAACCAGAAACCCCAUCGGAUCUGGUCAGCUACUUGCCGGAUGAGUUCAUCAAGGCCGAGGAGUUCCAGAGCCUGGACAGCGAAGACGACGAGAACUACAACGAGGAGGAGGAUGAGCUGGACAACGAGGUGUUUGCCCCGCCGCCGGCGGAAAGUGAGCCCAAGCAGCCGGAUUCAACCUGCUGCGAUCCGGAGGUGGAACCGGAGACGGAAGCCAUCCCGCUCAUCUGCCGCUGGACGGGAUGCGAUGAGGAGUUCCCCCACCAGCAGGCCUUCGUGGAGCACAUCGAGAAGUGUCACGUGGACGUGCGGAAGGGAGAGGACUUCUCCUGCUUCUGGCUAGACUGUCCCAGGCGCUACAAGCCCUUCAAUGCCCGCUACAAGCUGCUCAUCCACAUGCGAGUCCACAGCGGCGAGAAGCCCAACAAAUGUCCGUUUCCCGGCUGCAAUAAAGCAUUCUCGCGUUUGGAAAAUUUGAAAAUUCAUCAACGCUCGCACACGGGCGAGCGGCCUUAUGGCUGCCAGUAUAAAGGUUGCCUCAAAGCGUUCAGCAAUAGCUCGGAUCGGGCGAAACAUCAAAGGACCCACUACGAUACGAAACCGUAUGCCUGCCAGCUGCCGGGAUGCACGAAGCGCUACACGGAUCCCUCCAGCCUCCGCAAACAUGUCAAGAACCACGCGCUGCGCAACGCCAACGGACAGCUGCGGCGCAAAUCGGCCGGCGGCGCCUCCGUUCCCCUGGCCGCCGGGGCCAGGAAGGCGGCCAAAACCCGCCGUCACUCCGAGUCGGCCCUGGUGGUCGGUCAGGGGCAGGGGGGCGUGGCAGGUGCAGGUGCAAGUGCUUCGGGGGAUCGGGAUCAGCGACAACACCGCAGCAAUAGCUGCAGCGAGGCGUUGCUGCUGCAGCAGCAGCCCCAAAAUGACAGGAACCGCAGCGCCACCGGUGUUGCAGCUAAUAACAAUUCAAUGAACUUUAAUGAGUUGUCAAAUUGCAUUGUCAUCAUUGAGCACAAUCAGAAUGGUGGUAAUCCGGCAGGAGCAGCAGUAGCAGCAGUGGCAGCGGCAACCGCAACAUUUGGCGGCAAUAUGGCGCCCGCACCGGAAACGGAUGUGCUCAGCGUUUGCAGCAGCAGCGGCAACGAGAACAACAACGGCAGCCAUUACAAUGGGAAUAUUAAUCAAUUAAGCGAACUUGAGCAAUUGCUGACGACGGCAAAGCCCUCAGCCCCGUCAUCUGGUAAUGGAAUUAGCCUGGCCAACAACAAUAACGGCCAUAACCAGGCCACCAAUGGCGACAGCAAAUGCCACUUCAGCGAGUUUGUGUCCUUUGAGUACGUGACAAAAUAUCUGGCGGAUGUCUACGAGCCGACGCCUUCGAAAAGCCCCCAGCCAGCGGCCAAUUUCCACUUGCAGCCCGAGUUCGACAAUAACUUCGAUAUGCUGGACUUUCCCCAAUUCAUUUAAGCCUAAACUUUAGAUAAUUAUUAAGAGCCCACCUGGAAAAGUCAGCAAUUCAAAGUCCAAAGAUCUCAGUGCCUGAGCCCUUAUAAGAAUGCCUACCAUUAGUAAGACACCGCCAAUCUGUACAUAGUAAUCAUAAGUAGUAGACUAAGCCUAGAACUCGCCAAAAGAAACGUUCCUGAAUUUCAAUGUAAUCCAGUGAUUAGCCGCGUCUUCCCAGAACUCAUCCCAAUCGUAAAUUAAUCUAGAAUACUCUCGGUUAAGCACUAGUUGUAAUUGCUUUGUUAAAGUUUGUCAACAAAUGCAUUGACCAUAAUAAAUAAUUUAAUUUGCAUAAU